UCAAGACGACAGCCUGCGCGCUCUCUACCACCCUCGAGGAAGGGGACUAUGACGGGCUCGUGGAAUGCAUGGGACAUCUCAUGGCCGUGAAGGAGAGGGAGGAGUACACAAAUGUCAUGUUCGAGCCACUGAAGCAGUCCAUUGAAUUGCUCGAGUCAUACAAACAGGAAAUCAAAGACGAUGUAUACAAACAAAUCGAGGUUCAAUGCAACUAAGCACUCCAGGAACUGCCCGAAAUGUGGGCUACUGUCCUCAAGAAGGUCUCCGUCAAGAAACAGCAGGUCGCUCCACUCCAGGCCAUCGAGGUCUCGAAUAUUCGCAAGAAAAUCGCGACCUUCGACGUCGAGCAGCACGAAUUCCGAGCAAAUUUCAGGAAAAUAAGACCCUUCUUCUACGACUGUGACACGCCCUACGAAUUACUGGACAAAGUAAUUCUUCCUGUCAUGCCCUCAGUACCACUUUAUUAUUCGUGACCUGGAAGACCGAAUGAACCAGCUUCAAGUGUCCGCCAGUCUCUUUGAAGUGAGUGUCACGGACUUUCGGCAACUCAAACAAUCGCGGAAGGAAAUAAGUCUCCUGAAGAUGAUUUGGGACUAUAUUUGUGUGGUCAGAAGCAGUAUCGAUAGUUGGACGGGGACGGCCUGGAGCGAAAUAAACGUGGACGUGAUGGACCUCGAGUGCAAGCGCUACACAAAGGAGAUCCGAGCACUGGACAAGGAACUCCGAGCUUGGGACGCCUACAAUGGCUUGGAAACGGAGAUAAAGAAUAUGCUCACAUCCCUCAGAGCCGUGUCGGAGUUACAAAACCCGGCAAUAAGAGAGCGCCACUGGAUUCAGCUUAUGCAAACUACGAAGGUCGUCUUUGUGAUGGACGAGAAAACCAACCUGGGAGACUUGCUGUCGCUCAAUCUCCACAAAUUUGAGGACGAAGUCAAAAAUAUUGUGGACAAGGCCACGAAGGAGACAGCGAUGGAGAAAGUAAUAAACGAGUUGAACAGCACGUGGAAUCAAAUGGAGUUUGAACAAGAGACUCACAACCGCACAGGAAUCACUCUGAUCAAGGCGAAUGACGAACUCAUCGAAGUAUUGGAAGAGAACCAGGAAAUUGCCGCCGAAAUGUGUCAGUCUAAAAAUGUGAUCGUCUCUACCAACAAACCUAAAUUAUACGAGCGAUUGGAAAAACUGCAGGAGAACUUGUCUGUGUGCGAAAAGGCGCUUACCGAGUAUUUGGAGACCAAAAGACUUGCAUUUCCGCGUUUCUACUUUGUUUCCUCCGCGGAUUUGCUUGAUAUUCUGUCCAACGGAAACCAGCCGGAACUGGUUUCCAACCCGUCUGAGCAUUGGUUGAUAGCAACCAAGCCUUUACUUGGUUGUGUCAGCUACGGCAUAUGUGGGAUGACACGGAAAAGGACUGUUUUGUUAACAUUUGUGAUGCGGGCUUCAGAUGCCAUCCGUGAUAAGAAGAAAGUCUUUAAUUUCAUGGGGACGGAAAUUGGUCUCAAGUCCACUGUCGGGAUUUUCAUUACGAUGAAUCCUGGCUAUGCUGGACGUACUGAGCUUCCGGAAAACCUGAAGGCACUCUUCAGGUGCUGA